UCUAGUAUAAAAGUCACGCAAUGGACUUGUGGUCUGCAUACUUUGCAUCUUGGUUUUAGAAGGUUGAUGACGGCAAGAUCGCAGAGGUUUACUCCUGCUUUCUCUGUGCACUACGUUGUGGAGAGACUUGUGGAAGGCUGAGCUUCGGAGAGGCUCAAUUGCAUUGACCAUGACUGAAGCAACGAUGAAAACAUCAGUUCCGUAUUUUUUCGCCGUCAAGGGCCAGUGGACGAUAAGACAAAACGUGGAGAACAAAUCAAUACUUAGCCCGUUUCACUUGAUUGAAACGCCGUGGAGGCAAUUCGUUUUGUUGUUUCUGGAAGUCAUGCGGUUCUGUUAUCUGCCUGUGCUAGCUGUCGGAAACCUUUUGGAGUUUGUCUUGAAUGUCAUGCUGGCAAACGGAGGCAUUAUCAACACUUUGUUGAAGGUUACUUUUCCUUGCACAGGAAAACUUGUUGUACGAUGUAGAGAUGAUGAAAACUUUGCAACGCUGCUUUCGAUCAUGGAUCGACGAUGGUCUCUCAAAGCACAGACCCCAGAGAAUCGAACCGGAUCCCGUGAUAUUGCGGACAUACUGGUUAUGGCCUCCAAGCUGGCGUAUGAGAACGCAGCCUACAACCGAAGAGUUGUUUCUACCAUCUGGAAGAUGAACUUUGUGGGCUUCUACGAUUGCUGGAACGAAUAUUUCAAAGUGGCAGGUACUCAAGUCCUUCUGUUUACGGAUAAAUCUGAAAACGCGAAUGCCAUUGUGGUAGCAUUUAGAGGAACAGAGCCUUUCAACAUGCUGGACUGGAGCACCGAUGUUGAUUUCUCGUGGUUUGAGCUGGAAGACGCGGGAAGAGUGCAUGUCGGAUUUUGGGAAGCACUUGGUCUUGGAGACCGUGAGAAGAUAAUGCAGUUAUCGAGUGGCACAAAUGCAGCUCCACUGAAAGAGAAACACAGCGUGGAGAGUCGCGAGGACAGCGAUGACCAGGAAAAACUGAAAGCAUACUCCUAUCUGACGUCGAAGGUCAAGACACUCAUGUAUGAAAACCCCGAAGCAAAGCUUUACGUCACGGGACACAGCCUUGGGGGUGCUCUUGCGGCUCUGUACACAACAGCUCUGUUCUACUACAACGAAACUAUGGUGACAGAGAGACUGGGUGCCCUGUACACGUUUGGACAACCGAGGGUUGGAGAUAGAAAACUCUCCAAAUACAUGGAAAGCAAAAUCGACGAGGCAAAGUACGUCAGAGUCGUAUACACCAACGACAUGGUCCCUCGACUCCCAUUUGACGACUCAGCUUUCAAGUUCAAGCAUGCCUGUAUGUGUUACUACGUCAACUCUUUCUACCAUGGGAAGACGAUGGAAGAUGCUCCCUUCCCCAAUUUCUUUUCUAUAAGAUUCUUCUUCCGUUUCAUCACCAUGCGUCUAACAGCCCUUCAAGAGUUGAUUCUAUCCACUUUCCUGUGGCUCUUCGUUGGGCGGGACUACAAAGAAACCAUCGAAUCGACUUUGUUUCGGGCGAUGGGGUUGAUAGUUCCUGGUAUUUCUGACCACGGGCUAACCAACUACAUCAAUAUUGUCAGACUGGGACGAUUGCACUCUGAUUCGAAGUACUGAACAUACAGAAGAUCAUGAAGUUGAAUAUUUACAUGUAGCUUACGGUAUUUUAGACGCAGCAGCUGACAACGUAUAUGGUUGAGAUCCUGUGAAGUUGAACUCCUAUAUAAAGUUCAGAACUGACUGAUGCAAGCGUUGGCUACGAAGUGCAGUAGAUUUUUGACGAUAGAUCCAUCACAUCCGCACAUAAGUACUCAGAGAGUGUAGGAAUGAACUAUCAAGUUGAUCCCUUGAGUGAGAGUGUUUUAUCAGGAAAUAAUCUGAAAGAGGAUCGUUAAUCCGAGUGUCCGAUUUGAAUUCGCUCUCAGUCAUACGCCGCGAUUUGAGCAUAUCAAAGUCCAACUUUAAAUUUCUGAACGUUUCACCUUACUCCUCUUCCCCGUUGCAAUGCAUUUAUUUCUUAUGUUUA